AAGCGGUAGCGCUCUUUGAAUCAAACAUGGCAGCUUACUAGCGCUAUGUCGAAUGAGUAAAUUAACGCUGCAAAUUAAUUUCUGAUAGCUGGACACAACAGCACCAGUUAAUUGCGUGUAUUGCAACUAAAUAAAUUGUUUGUUUAGAAGUGCCAGUGCUUCGUUGGAUUUUGGAGACAAUGUUUUUUGAGCGUUAAAGGAAGCGAAACAGCAGAAUGGAUUUCGAGGAGGAGGAGGAGGAAACUCAACCUCCUCAAGUUAUUGACAUGACCACCAGUGAAAAGGUGGUGGAUCUUCUGAAUCAAGCAGCACUGAUACCAACCGAUGAAAAGCUAGCAGUGCUCAAACAGGUCCAGGAGCUUAUCAUCAACAAGGAUCCUUCACUUUUGGAUAAUUUCUUAGAUGAGAUGAUCGCCUUUCAAACAGACAAGUCCAUUGAAGUGCGAAAGUUUGUCAUUGGCUUCAUAGAAGAAGCAUGUAAAAGAGACAACGAGUUGCUCCUCAGACUGAUUGCCAACCUGAACAUGCUACUGAGGGAUGAAAGUGUGAAUGUUGUAAAGAAGGCCAUCCUCACACUCACACAGCUGUACAAAGUAACUUUGCAGUGGUUGGUGCGAUCCAAGGCGGUAUCAGACAUGCAGGAGGCAUGCUGGGACAUGGUCACGCAGAUGAAAGGGGAUGUCUUGGCACUGCUGGACUCUGAAAACGAUGGUGUGCGCACUCAUGCCAUCAAGUUCACAGAAUCAUUAAUCAUUACUCUGUCUCCACGAACAUCUGACUCUGAUGUGCCGAAGCGUCAGGAAGGUGACAUCAGCCUGGACAAGGUGCCCAAAGAUCACUUGUACAUCCGCUAUGAUACUUUGUGUGAGGAAGGUAAGACUGCACUGGAGAAGCUGCUCAAGUUCAUGGUCCACCCGGCCAUUUCCAGCAUCAACCUCACUACAGCGUUGGGCUCACUGGCUACCAUCGCCCGUCAGAGGCCAAUGUUCAUGUCAGAGGUGGUGCAGGCAUAUGAAACUCUGCAUGCAAAUCUGCCACCCACUCUGGCCAAAUCUCAAGUUAGCAGCGUCCGAAAGAAUCUAAAGUUGCACCUGGUAGCUGUGCUGAAGCACCCCUGCAGCCUAGAGUUUCAGGGUCAAAUCAGCACUCUGCUGCUGGACCUGGGAAUGCCUCAGAGUGAAAUAACCCGCUCCACGCCUGCACCACGUGAGCAACGCAAGCGGCCACGUCACGAACCAUACACAGAGGGCAAGAAGAUCAAGAUAGAGCCGGCACUGAUUGAGGAUGAUGAGGACAAGGAGGAGCCAGCCCCUAUAACGGCCCCCAAGCCUCCUGCUGCCCCUGUUGCACAGUCAGCUAUUGACCUCACAGCUGAGUUCCUACACCCACUGCUCACAUCUGAAAAUGUUGCCAACCUGGUACUCAUCAGCAUGGUGUACUUACCUGAUGUCAUGCCAGCAUCCUUCCAGGCCACAUACACACCUGUCGAGUCCGCAGGUACUGAUGCACAGAUUAAACAUUUAGCCCGACUAAUGGCCACACAGAUGACUGCUGCUGGGAUAGGACCUGGACUUGAGCAAUGCAAAGCCAGAGAAGAUGAGGCAGGCAAAGAGGAUGGUACUGGGGAAGAUAGUGGAGGUAAGGACCUGCUCAUCAAGAGGAAACUUCCAGCUGUGAUGGUGGGCCAGGCCAUCUCUGUAGUGGGGGGUUAUGCAGAAAAGCCCACCACAGAUGCUCCUGCAGCUGCAGUCAAAAGGCUUCCUGAACCCAUCCUUCCUUCAGCACAGACCAAAAUAGCAGGUGCAAGUGGGAGGAAAAAGGUGUUUCGACUGGCAGAUGUCAUCCAGCCUUUGUCAGACACCCAGACUGAAAACUUAACUUCAAAAGCAGUCAAUCGCAUCCUGCAUUCAGAAAAGGCAAUUGCUCAGAGUGGCAUGUCCCAUGUCAGAGUCAAGCUCCUGUCCAGGCUGGUGACGCAGUUUGAGGGGAUGAUGAAAGGAGAUGUGCUGGAGUUUAUUCUGGAUGACAUCAGGACGAGGAGCGACCUGGCAUUUUCUCUUCUUUACCAAGAGUACAACACUUACCUCAGUCAGCUGCCUGCAGGGCUGCUGGACAGCUACGACCACUGCCUUUACACACUGCUGUCGGGGCUGCAGGAGAAACCGGAGCAGAGAGACGGACUUUUCACUAAACUGGUACUGGAGGCUCCCAUUAUAACAGAAUCAGCACUGGAUGUGAUCCGGCGUUACUGCGAGGAUGAGUCACGGGUGUAUUUGGGCAUGACGACUCUGAAGGAGCUCAUCAUCAAACGUCCCUCAAGGCAGUUUCAGUACCUGCAUGUGCUCUUGGAUCUCAGCUCGCAUGAAAAGGAGAAGGUGCGAACUACCGCCCUGGCUUUUCUUAAGAGAAUGUAUGAGAAAGAUCAGCUCAGAGACUACAUUGAGAAGUUUGCCCUGAACUACAUGCAGCUUCUUGUCCACCCCAACCCUCCAUCUCUGCUCUUUGGGGCUGAUAAAGACACAGAGGUGGCAGCGCCCUGGACUGAGGAGACAGUGAGACAGUGUCUGUUCCUUUACCUGUCCCUGUUGCCUCUGAACCAUCGGCUGGUCCAUGAGCUGGCAUCCGUCUACACUGAGGCCAUCGCUGAUAUCAAGCGGAGUGUGUUACGAGCAAUAGAGCAGCCUAUCCGUGGAAUGGGGAUGAACUCACCUGAACUGUUACUUUUGGUUGAAAACUGUCCCAAAGGAGCAGAGACACUUGUUACUCGCUGCCUUCACAUUUUGACUGAUAAAGUGCCUCCAUCUCCAGAGCUGGUGGAAAGGGUGCGAGACCUUUACCACAAGCGAGUUCCAGAUGUCCGCUUCCUCAUUCCAGUUAUUAACGGUUUAGAAAAGAAUGAAGUCAUCCAGGCGCUGCCCAAGUUGAUCAAACUCAACCCCAUAGUUGUAAAGGAGGUCUUCAAUCGUCUCCUGGGCACUCAGCAUGGUGAGGGUGCUUCAUCUGUGUCCCCUCUGACCCCAGGAGACCUGCUCAUCGCCUUACACAACAUCGACUCCACCAAAUGUGAUAUGAAGUCGAUCAUAAAAGCUACCAACCUGUGCUUUGGGGAGAAGAAUGUGUACACUUCGGAAGUGUUAGCAGUGGUGAUGCAGCAGCUGAUGGAGCAGAGCCCCCUCCCCAUGCUGCUCAUGAGAACCGUCAUCCAGUCUCUCACCAUGUACCCCCGACUGGGCGGUUUCGUCAUGAACAUCCUGUCCCGACUCAUCGUCAAGCAGGUGUGGAAGUAUCCUAAGGUGUGGGAGGGCUUUGUGAAGUGCUGCCAAAGGACCAAGCCUCAGUCAUACAGCGUACUGCUGCAGUUGCCGCCCGCCCAGCUUACGAGUGUGUUUGAACGCUGCCCAGAGAUGAGAGAGCCUCUGCUGCAACAUGUCCACUCCUUCACUCCUCAUCAGCAAGCUCACAUUCCUGCAUCCAUCAUGGCUGUCCUGGAAGCCAAUAAAAAACCAGAGCCCAAGCCUGUAGAGCCCGUUCCAGAGAAAGAGGCAACGACUGAACCAAUUCCCAGUCCACCUGCCACUGAGGCUCGCCCCACCUCUGCAAGUGAGCCGGAGUUACAGGUCGAACAGUCAGCCAUAAUAAAAGAUGAGGAUGAACCAAUGGAGCCGGAGCAACCUGUUCCAGGAAAUCUUGAAGAAAGUGUCAACAGCGUCUUGCAGGAGGAUUCGACAAGAGAACCAGACACACCCUCACCUCAACCAGAGCCAUGUGACGAACCAAUGGAGGAAUUUCAGCCAGAAGCUUCAGACCACCAUGAGCCAGGAAAAGAUGAUGAGGCUGAACCCACAGGGCCUGAGGCAGGAAGUGGAAGUGAAGAUGCAGAAUAGCAAAUGCACUCAAAAUAAAUUAACAUGUCUAGACGUGCAAACAUCCUACCUUUGUUUUCAUAUUUUACGUCAGAAAAGUCUUUUGUAUUAGUAGGAAACAUUUUUAGGGAAAAAAGAUGUAUACGAAAGCAUUUCUUAUGCCUUCAUGUGGAGAUGACUCGUAAAUAAAAAAAAUAAAAACAAAAAACUUC